AUGAAGAAAGUGAAUGUUAUCUGCCAGGAAAAUGAAAAGAAGGUGGCUGAACUCAAUCAAAAGGUGAAUGAGGCGGAGAGAUACCAGCGCAGGUGGAACCUGAGGCUCCAUGGAAUUCCAGAGCAGGCGGAUGAGAACAUCAAAUGCAGAGUUGUUGACAUCUGUGGAGCUGUCAUUCCCGAAUCAAAAGCCAAACUUCAGGAAAAUGUGGACAUCGUUCAUCGUUUGGGAAGACUCAAGGAUCAAGACAAGAAACCAAGGACAACCAUCAUCCGGUUCACCAACAGAUCUACACGGGAUCAUCUCUGGAGGCGAGCGAAGAAUUGUGAGUUCCUCAUCGAGCAAAAAUUGAGGUUCACGGAGGAUCUGACCUCAAUGGACAAAGUGACACGAGAGAAACUGUGGCCGAUGGUGGCUGCAGCUCGAAAGGCAGAGAGAACUACCUUGGACGACGAGGGCAGCAACCUCCGCCAACAGAAGCUAGACAGGCAGCGAGCUCUCCUAGAGCAGAAGCAGAAGAAGAAGCGGCAGGAGCCUCUGAUGGUGCAGUCCAACGUGGACGGGCGGUCUCGUGCCCGCAGGACCAAGCAGUGUGAGGAGCAGGCUCCCCUGGUAGAGUCUUACCUCAGCAGCAACAGGAGCACCAUCUACCACGUGCAAGAAGCUGAACACGAGGAGGUGAAGGUGGUAGCGGACAACCAGGCUCCUCGCUCAGCCAAAAAGGGCAAGGCAUCGACCAGCUCCACCCCGCAGACAGGCAGCGGCAAGAAGGAGAGGAAGGGGAAGCACAAAGGACUCGAUGGGCCGGCGUCCUUCCAGGAAGAGGGCCAGAUCCAGAUCAUGACGGUGGGUCACUGGGCCGUGGAGGAGGGGAGUGAGGGAGAUGCUGUGAUCAGUGCUCAGCCACAGGGCAAGCAGGACCUGAGGGUCACCAUGCUUAAGAAAGGUAUUUCUAGUAGUAUGAACUUUGACGAAGAGGAGGAUGACGAGGAUGAAGUCAGUUCCAGUUCCUCUCAGCUCAACAGUAACACACGGCCAGGCUCUGCCACCAGCAAGAAGUCCUGCAAGGAGGCAGCCUCAGCGUCCACCCCUCCCGUCAGUGAGCCGGCCAUCGACGUGGACGACCUGGAGGAGUUCACCCUGAGACCAGCCCCUCAGGGGAUCACAGUGAAGUGCAGGAUCACCAGAGACAAGAAGGGCAUGGACCGAGGCAUGUACCCUACCUACUACCUCCACCUGGAGAGGGAGGAUGGGAAGAAGGUGUUCCUGUUAGCUGGACGGAAGAGAAAGAAGAGCAAAACAUCUAAUUACCUCAUCUCCAUCGAUCCCACUGAUCUGUCUCGAGGGGGGGAGAGUUUCAUCGGGAAGCUGAGGUCCAACCUCAUGGGGACCAAGUUUACAGUGUAUGACAGUGGACAGAACCCUGGGAAGACAACCUCCAGCCUAGAGGCUACUAACCUGCGGCAGGAGCUGGCAGCUGUCUGCUAUGAAACCAAUGUUUUAGGGUUCAAAGGACCUCGGAAAAUGAGUGUCAUCAUUCCUGGAAUGAACAUGGACCAUGAGAGAGUUGCCAUCUGCCCACGGAAUGACCAUGAGUCUUUGCUGGCGCGGUGGCAGAACAAGAGCACAGAAAGCGUGAUCGAGCUUCACAACAAGACCCCUGUGUGGAACGACGACACACAGUCCUACGUUCUCAACUUCCACGGCAGAGUCACUCAGGCCUCAGUCAAGAAUUUCCAGAUCAUCCACGACAAUGACCCGGACUACAUUGUGAUGCAGUUUGGGAGGGUUGCGGAGGAUGUAUUCACCAUGGACUAUAACUACCCUAUGUGUGCCCUCCAAGCCUUCGCCAUUGCUCUCUCCAGCUUUGACAGCAAGCUGGCCUGUGAGUAG